GCUGAAACAAUUUGGUUGAUUCAUUCAUUUGUUCCAGCCACAGCUAUGGAUCGUGCUCAGCUUCUUUUGCUUGCUUUGCCUCUCUUCCUCUUCUGUUCUGAUAUCAUCUCCCUUUUCACUUCACCGCCGCCGCCGCCACCCCACCACCGCCAUCACCACCCGCACCACCACCACCACCACCCCCACCCCCACCACCAUCACCACCCCCACAAGCAUCACGUUGACCCUGUAACCAUAGAGUUUCCCUCCGAGAAACCCAACACCAAUAUUCCAACUGCUGGUCUUGGCAACACUGUCAACAUCAAUUUCUGCACUUCUUGCUCUUACAAGGGAACGGCAUUGACAAUGAAGAACAUGUUGGAGAUUGCUUUUCCUGGAACUGAGGUUAUUCUUGCAAAUUAUCCCCCAGUGCUUCCGAAGCGUCUGCUGAGCAAAUUGGUUCCAGUUGUUCAGAUUGGUGUUAUAGGGGUUGUUGUUGCAGGGGAACAUAUUUUUCCAAUGUUGGGUUUUGUUGCACCUCCUCCUUGGUAUUACAACUUGCGUGCUAAUCGGUUUGGAACCAUCGCUAGUGCAUGGCUUCUUGGGAAUGCCUUGCAGUCGUUCUUGCAGAGCACUGGGGCAUUUGAAGUUUACUUCAAUGGUGAACUGGUUGGUUCCUUCCUUCUAUCUUUUAUUUUCUUAUAUUUAUUGGUAGACAUUUCUUCCCUAGUUGAGCCUCUGAUUUUUCUCUUAGGUAAAUGCAAGUUUUGUUGUGCUUUUUGACUAUGAGGGCACAUGUAAUCAAUCAAAAUUGGAUAGAUGUCUCACAUGAGUAGGCUUAUCAACGUUUUUACCUUUUUACUUGAUUCCUCCGGUUAGCUGAAGACUCAAUUUGAAAAUUUUAGUUACUGUGAUAUAAUAUUAAAAUGCCAUCAUUAUAUUUGGCUACACUUGUUGCAUUCUUAUCAAUUAUCACUCUUUUUGCAGAGGGUUCUAUUUUAUUGUUGAAUGCAUAUUUAUUGAGUAAUAUUGUAUUUAAUAAACUAAAACUAGUUUAAUAUUUCUGCUGCAAGAUUGGGGCCACAACAGUUAAAUGAAAAAAUCUUUUGUUAACUUAAGCCAAAUAACUACAUGGUGGUCCCUUUGAUAUACUUAUUUAAACUUUUGUAGUUUAGAACAUCUGCUUUCAGAUUACUACAUGCCUUUUCUGGGUGUUUGGGGGAGAGCUGUUUUCUACCUUGCUAUCAACUUUCAACUGAUUGAGUGUUUGGCCUUGCUGUAUAUUAUUUGAUUAUGAGGUUUCUUGUGUUUAAGGUAUAUAAUUUGUGGAUCUUUACUAUAGAGUUUAUUUGUGUAUACCCUAAGAAUUGGACCAAUGGUAAAUUGAUCAUGAAUACACGUUUUUUUCUGUUUAAAGUGUUACUCUAGAGUUCCUAAUAUGGUGGUUAGAUGGCAGGUAAGGUAAAUAUGUGUCAUCUUCAAUGUUUUUGAAUUCUUAUUUAUCCUUUCAAACUAUUCUACCCUUGAAGGUGUUCUCUAAAUUGAAGGAGCGAAGGUUUCCCGGAGAGAUCGAGUUGAAGGAUUUAAUUAGCAAAAGGAUAGCUAAUUCUGUACAUGUCAAUGGUGUGCAUAGUUGAGGUCUUAGCUUAUCUGCCUUUUGUGGAGACAUGUUUUGAACGGUCAUAAAUGAUGUAACUGAACCUGCCAUUGCAUUGUUGUAGAGGUUGGUAUACAGAUAUCAUAGGAAUAUCAUGUUUUAAGUUAUCCAGUGUUUAUACUGACUAGAGCAUGAACUUUCUGUAUUGGAAGAACCAAGUAACUGCUGAAGGCAAAACUCAGUUAAUUUCAGUUUGUGCAGAGUUUACAUCUUAUAAAAUUUUGUCCAUUGUG